AUGCCACCAAAGAAAGUUAAAAAUGCACGCGCAGCGAGCUCCAGUCCAAAACGAAAAGCUUCAAAAAAACGUUCAAAAAGUGCUGUUGAUACACGAACCGUUGAGGUUGACAUUUUAUCGCCUGCUGCCGUCAUUAAUGCAUAUUACACCUGUCAUAACGUUGCCGAUUGUCUUGUCAUAAGAGGCUUUCCAUGGGAAGGGGCAAAAAAAACAAAAAAAAAGAAGAAAAAGAAAUAA